AUGUUCAAUAUAAAGCAAACGAAGCCCAUUCGUCGAACAGACGGCGACAUCGGGAAACGUCCUGCGAACCUUCGCUACGUUUACUUCCUUACUACGUUCGUUUCGAUUGGCGCACUCCUUUUUGGAUAUGACCAAGGCGUUAUGGGAGUUAUCGUAUUAGCAAAUAGCUGGGUAACAGGCGUAGUAGUAUCACUUUAUGACAUUGGUUGUUUGGUUGGUGCGAUGUCUAUAGGUUUUCUCGUUGACAACUGCGGCCGCGAGCGAACUUUAUCGAUUGCUUGCGUGGUUUUCAUGAUUGGCGCUGUACUACAAUCAGCAUCUUACAACAUCACUUCCGUCACGGUCGGGCGUGUUAUAUUGGGAUACGGCGUUGGUACAUGCGCCGGCGGCGUACCGCUAUACGUAUCCGAAAUCGCGCCGGCAAAGCUAAGGGGUCGCAUCAUCGGAAUAGAGCAGAUAAUUCUUUGCUUUGGCGAGCUCGUGGCUUUCUGGUUAAACUAUGGGUUUAACUUCCUCGAAACUCCGGAUUGGUGGCGCAUUCCGCUCGCCAUCCAGAUAUUGCCAGCAGCCGUCUUAGCAGUCGGGUGCUGGGUUUGGGUUCUACCCAGCCCUCGUUGGCUAGUCCAGCAAGACAGACACCAAUGCGCUCGUGAAGUCCUCGCCAGACUUCACGGCGAUGAAGCAGCCGAUCUGCAAAUGGCAGAGAUAGCACAGGAGGUAGCGUUUGAGAAAGUAGUAGCGAGGGCAGUAUGGGCUGACAUGUUCAAGCCUCCCGUAUUGCGCGUCACGCUGCUUGCUAUGGGCGUGCAGUUUUUCCAGCAGAUCACAGGUACUAAAUCGAUACUCUAUUAUACACCAUCUCUUUUUGAACGUGGAGGGAUCGCAGAUCCUAAGACGGCUAACCUAGCUACGGGAGGAGUUGGUAUAGUAUUGUUCGUCUUUGCUUGGAUCCCUAUCUUCGUAUUCGACCGCCUGGGACGGAAAACAUGGCUACAAAUAGGCCUAGUCGGGAUGUGCUGUGCAAUAAUAGGGAUCGCCGUUUUACAGUGGCAUGCCGAAAGAAAUCCCAAUGAUCAUGGAAAUUACGCCAUUGUUGCUUUUCCGUAUCUCUUUUACGUAUUCUUUAACAUUAGUUGGGGUGUGGGAAGCUGGACCUACGCUACGGAGAUAUUUCCCGUCAUGUAUCGGGCAAAGGGUAACGCUCUUUCAACGGCGAGUCUAUGGCUGAGCUGCUACGUGGUUGCGCAGGCGAGCCCCCCGAUAGCUACGUCCAUCGGCUGGGGUCUCUACAUCAUCUACUCCUCCAUAUGCGUAGUGGCAUUUAUAUUUGUACGAUAUGCGAUGGUGGAAACGAGAGGCAAGACGCUUGAGGAGAUGUCUGCUCUUUUCGGUAUAGAAAGAACGCUGGCAAGGAAGAGCGGAUUAGAGGUUAGCAGCAAAUAUGGUGCUGCUCAUGUUGAAGAAAGUCUCCCAGGAGAGAACUAAUACCUAAGCCAUUAAAACCCCUUAGUUU